CUCUGCCCUCCUGGAGGCUUGUUUGCCUUGGGCCUCUCUCGUCACGUGUCGCUCAUCUGUGAGUUGAGGCACUGAUUCCUUUCCCACUGGGUGUUUUUGGAGAACAGCAAGAAGAAACAUUUUUCUCUGAAGAUGAACUCAACAGACCCUCUUCGGGAUGCUCCCAAUGCCACCUCCUCACAGGCACCUCACUCCCAGGGAGGUAAUAGCACAGCUGUCCAGGAGGAGCUCCAGGACCUCAUCCACAUGGCCACCUUAGGAACCUGUACUUUCCUGCUCGCCGUCAUCUUCUGCCUGGGCUCUUAUGGCAACUUCAUUGUCUUCUUGUCCUUCUUUGAUCCAGCUUUCAGAAAAUUCAGAACCAACUUUGACUUCCUGAUCCUGAACCUGUCCUUCUGUGACCUCUUCAUUUGUGGGGUGACAGCACCCAUGUUCACCUUCGUGUUGUUUGUCCGCUCAGCCAGGGGCAUCCCAGAUGCUUUCUGUUUCACCUUCCACCUCACCAGCUCAGGCUUCAUCAUCAUGUCCCUCAAGACGGUGGCAGUGAUCGCCCUGCACCGGCUCCGGAUGGUGUUAGGGAGACAGCCUAACCGCACAGCUUCCUUUCCCUGCACCUUGCUCCUCACUCUGCUGCUCUGGGCCACCAGUUUCACCCUUGCCACCUUGGCUACCCUGAAAACUAGUAAGUCCCAUCUCUGCUUGCCCAUGUCCAGUCUGAUGGCAAGAGAAGGGAAAGCAAUCCUGUCACUCUAUGUGGUUGACUUCACCAUCUGUGUUGCUGUGGUGUCUGUGUCUUACAUUAUGAUUGCUCAGACCCUGCGGAAGAAUGCACAAGUUAGAAAGUGUCCCCCUGUCAUCACCAUGGAUGCUUCCAGACCACAGCCUUUUGUGGGGGCCUCUGUGAAGGUGGGUGGAGAUCCCAUCCAGUGUACCAUGCCAGCCCUAUACAGGAAUCAAACUUACAACAAACUGCAGCAUGUUCAGACCCACGGAUACACCAGGAGUCCCAAGCAGCUGCCAACCCCUGCCGCCAGCCGACUGCAGCUGGUCUCAGCCAUCAACCUCUCCACUGCCAAGGAUUCUAAAGCCGUGGUCACCUGUGUGAUCAUUGUGCUGUCAGUCCUGGUGUGCUGUCUUCCGCUGGGGAUUGCCUUGGUGCAGGUGGUUCUGUCCAACAAUGGGAGUUUCAUCCUCUACCAAUUUGAACUGUUUGGAUUUACCCUUAUGUUUUUAAAGUCAGGAUUAAAUCCUUUUAUAUAUUCUCGGAACAGUGCAGGGCUGAGAAGGAAAGUACUCUGGUGCUUGCAGUACAUUGGCUUGGCUCUUUUCUGCUGCAAACAGAAGACUCGACUACGAGCCAUGGGUAAAGGCAACCUUGAAAUCAACAGGAACAAAUCAUCCCAUCAUGAAACAAAUUCUGCCUACAUGUUGUCUCCAAAGCCACAGAAAAAAUUUGUAGACCAAGCUUGUGGCCCAAGUCAUUCAAAGGAAAGUGUGGUAAGUCCCAAGAUCUCAGCUGGACAUCAACACUGUGGUCAGAGCAGCUCAACUCCCAUUAAUACUCGGAUCGAACCAUACUACAGCAUCUAUAACAGCAGCCCUUCCCAGGAGGAGAGCAGCCCACAAAACUUACAGCCAGUCAACUCUUUUGCAUUUGCCAAUUCGUACAUCGCCAUGCAUUAUCACACUACCAAUGAUCUAAUGCAAGAGUAUGAUAGCACUUCGGCCAAGCAGAUUCCAGUCCCAUCUGUCUAAAGUUAUGGAAGCUGGAGAGUCUUGCAUAAAUAGUUUUUGUUUCUAAUACUGAUUGAGUUUUAGAAAGCUUUUGAGGUCAGAUCACAGCUUAAAAUUCAGCUAAAGAUUUGGCAGAUCAAGGUUUUCUUUUGUCUAAAAUAUUGGUGUCUUGAUUUGCUCUAUAAUUUCUUGACAUUUUAAGAUUUAGUGUAAAUGUUUAUUUAAGUUUUCACCCUGACCUAUCCCCCAAACUUUUAUAUUGAACCUUUAAAGAGCUGCUAGGAAUGAGGAUACUAUGUCAAAUUAGAAAAUCAAUUGAUUGCAAUCCUUUGAAUCAGUGUUAUGGGUCUUCAAAGUACAUAUUGGCUGGAUUUUUAUGUUGGGGAGUUUUUCUGUAUGGUUUGGCUGGUUUUGUUUGGUGCUUGGGAUUGAACCUUGAGCCUUGCACUGUACCACUGAGCUACCCCUCAGCUCUGGCC